AUGGAGCUCGUAGCACUGCCGUUGCUCGGUUUGCUGGUCUUCUUACUCGUCAACCUCGUCGUGAAGAGGAUGUACGUGCACGCUUCGCCGGCGCCACGCAAGCGGCUGCCGCCCGGGCCAUGGCAGCUGCCGCUCGUCGGCAGCCUCCACCACGUCCUGCUGUCGCGCCACGGCGCCCUGCCGCACCGGGCCCUGAGGGAGCUCGCGGGCAGGCACGGCCCGCUCAUGCUGCUCCGCUUCGGCGCCGUGCCCACGCUGGUCGUCUCCUCCGCCAAGGCCGCCAGGGAGGUCCUCAAGACGCACGACGCCGCCUUCGCCAGCCGCCACAUGACGCCCAUGCUGGCCGUCUUCACCCGCGGCGGGCAGGACGUCCUCUUCUCCCCCUACGGCGACCUCUGGCGCCAGCUCCGCCGGGUGUGCGUGCUCGAGCUCCUCAGCGCGCGCCGCGUCCAGUCCUUCCGCCACAUCCGCGAGGAGGAGGCCGGCGGCCUGCUCCGCUCCGUCGCCGACGAGUGCGCUCGCUCUCGCUCCGACAACGGCGCCGUCGUGGAGAUCGGCGAGCGGCUGGCACGCGUGGUGAACGACGUCGUGGUGCGGUCGGCCGUCGGCAGCCGGUGCGCGCGGCGCGAGGAGUUCCUGCACGACCUCGACGAGACCGCGAGGCUGACGGCCGGCAACAGCCUGUCCGACCUGUUCCCGUCGUCGGCGCUGGCGCGCUGGAUCGGCAGCGGGCUUCGCGAGGCCGAGCACUGCAACCGCAACGCGCGCGACAUCCUGAGCGACAUCAUCCGCGAGCGCGCCGAGGGCGGCCAAGGCAGCGGCGGCGACGGCGAGGACGACCUGCUCGGCGUGCUGCUGAGGGUGCAGAAGGACGGCGGCGCCCUCACCACGGACAUCAUCAUCACCGUCGUCCUGGAGGUUUUUGCGGCCGGGAGCGAGACGUCGGCCACGACGCUGGAAUGGGCCAUGUCGGAACUGGUGAAGGAGCCGCGCCUCCUCCGCAAGGCGCAGGCCGAGGUCCGGGAGGCGUUCAGAGGCCAGCAGAAGCUGACCGAGGGCGACAUGGGGAAGCUGAGCUACCUCCACCUGGUGAUCAAGGAGACGCUGCGGCUGCACACGCCGGUGCCGUUCCUGCUGCCCCGGCGGUGCCGGGAGGCGUGCGAGGUGAUGGGCUACGACGUCCCCGAGGGGACCAGGGUGCUGGUGAACGCGUGGGCCAUGGCCCGGGACGGCGCCUACUGGGAAGACGCCGAUGUGUUCAGGCCGGAGAGGUUCGAGGAGGAGAGCGCCGCCGCCGCAGUGGACUUCAGGGGCGGCGACUUCGAGUUCAUCCCCUUCGGCGCCGGCAGGAGGAUGUGCCCCGGCAUAGCGCUCGGCCUGGCCAACAUGGAGCUGGUGCUCGCGGGCCUCCUCUACCACUUCGACUGGGAGCUCCCCGACGGCGGGAGGCCGGAGGAGCUCGACAUGUCGGAGGCGUUCGGCCUGGCCAUACGGAGGAAGUCCAAGCUCGUGCUGCGCGCGACGCAACGUAUUCCAGUCGCUAAUUGA